ACAGUAAAUAUCCCUCUGGACAAAGAGGAGAAAUUAAGGAAGUUAAAAUUAGGCCACGAAAUUUUGAUGAAGUUAUUAAAGUUACUUUUUCUAAUUCGGGUUUCAACCAGAGAAAAUUUAGAACAGUAACAGAAGAAUGGAAAGAAGAAAUAGGGGGAGGAAGUUACACAGGAGAAGAUAAUCCGCCCAGCAAUUUUCCUGGAGGUCGUUAUUUUACCAAUCCAGAAAAUGCCUAUGACCCUUACUUACACCUCGAAUUAACUUUUCUAAAUAAUCCCGAACUAACCAAAGAAGAUAUAGAAAUUCUCAGAAAUCCGCCCCAGGGGGUUGUUUUCAACUUGCCAACAAGAAAGGAAAGAGAAUUAGAAAAGCAACUCAAUGAACGUAUUUCUCCCGAGGAACUUGCUGAAAUCUUCCAAGUUCAAAUGGACUUUCAAGAAAAGUUAAGACAAGAAAAAGAACAAAACAGAAUUCUUCGUGAACAAUUGGAGGAAAUUUUACAAAGAAACGAACAGGAACAAUUAGUUGCCAGGAUUGAAGUUAAUAAUCAUCUAAGUGUUGACCGCACCGGAAAUCUUAUUAAUGCUGUUGAGUAUGACGAAAAUGGAAAUAUUUUAUGCAUUGGUAAAAAUAAUAUUGAGAAUUGGGAACAAAUUUUUCAAACUAUUAGAAAUUAUAUGGCAAAUCGUCCUCAUCAAUUUAGGCUUGGGGACAACACUCAAGAUGAAUCACCUCAUUUAAAUAAUGGUACUAAUUUAAUUACUUCUUUGCUAACGGGUUCUAAUGGUCGAACUAGAACUAGAAAAAUAUUCCAUCAAAGCGGCAAUAGUCUUCACCCGGCUGCUUUUACCGAAGAGCAAUUUGAGGAACUAAAAAAUCUAAUUCCUAAUUCUUGUAAAAUUAGAGGUUGUUACACUCUUUUUGCCGACCCUUAUCCAUAUGGAGCUAUGCAGCCUGAUACCUACACAGUAACUAAUAAUGUCUGUUUAUAUCAUCGAGCAAUGGGAGAAACUUAUAAUGGAGACGGACACAAUAAUAACCCCCCCCCUACUACUCAAACUAUUCAAUUUACCAUUGGAACGGUCGAAAAGAAUGGGGACCUCUCUGCUGGCAAUACCAUCACUAUCACUAAUGCUCAAUUUGGUUCAACGAAGAAACCAGGAAUGAACCCAGGAGGAGGAAGUUAUGGCACUUUUGUCCGAAGAACUUCUGAAAACACUGCUCUGGAUUUCUUUGAAGAAGAGACUUUCCAAUUCUUGGAUGAAUCCCAACCGCUUAAUAGUCCUGACAAUAGUCAAAUUAAUGCUAACAAUGAGAAAAUUAAACAAGUGAAGUUAAAUUUAAAAUCCAACAUUUAUCGGAUAUAUAACAAUAAUAAAAGAAAACUAGAUGAGAAAAAAAACCGUUCCAACACUAAUAUCCCCAAAAGCGAAUUGGAAAAAUUAAGAGAGGAAGUCAAACAAAAAAUAUUUGAGGUUUUAAAUGACAAAUAUAACCUUCGAUACAUCAAUCUAACCACAUUGGCUAACGGGAAAUAUCAAAAUUGGGAAGAAGAUAUCGAUAAAUUGGCUACUAGUAGUGAGAUUAAUGAUUAUGUUGGAGUUUUUUUAACGGCUUUGAAAGAGGCAGGUGCUAAGGAAAAAGAGCAAGCAAAGAACAAAAAAGAUAG